AUGCCGGGGCCCCUAGUAUGGAUCGAUUGUGAAAUGACCGGGCUGAACCAUCAGACAGAUAACAUCAUAGAGAUAUGCUGCUUGCUCACGGACGCCAAGCUGGACUUGAUCGAGCGCAAUGGCUUUGAACGGGUUAUCCAUGUGCCCAAGGAGAAGCUGGACGGUAUGGACGAGUGGUGCCAAACGACGCACUCCAAGACUGGUCUUAUUCAAAAGGUGCUUGAUUCGACAAACACCGCCCCUCAAGUCGAGUCUGAACUACUUGAUUAUUUGAAAAAGCACAUGAGCCAGCGCGAGGGUAUUCUGGCUGGCAACUCUGUGCACGUUGACCGGCUGUUUUUGCUACGCGAAUUCCCUAAAGUUACGGAUUUUCUGCAUUACCGACUGAUUGACGUCUCGUCCAUCAAAGAAAUUGGGUACAGGCACAAUCCGAUGCUCAUGGAAAAAGUGCCCAAGAAAUCAUUAAAUCACAGUGCCAGAUCCGAUAUUCUGGAAAGCAUUCAAGAGCUCAAAUGGUAUUACGAUAACUAUUUAACCAGAUAA